GUCUGUCAGUACAGAAUGACCAGCCUGCCAUGAGGUCAUUGUGCACUUUAAUGAAAUGGGGGAAAGAAAAGGAUCAGACAAAGACAGUUCUAUAACAUAUUUGUUCCAUAUUGUUGUUGCAUUAACAUUGAUCUUGUUCCUCUUGCCUCAAAACAUCCUGGUACUGUAAAAGGGAGAUAUUUAAGUGGCUUGGUUUAGUGUUUGUCUUGGAAUUGUUGUGUGUGUGUGCCUUUCCUGUAAAUGUUCUGAAGGAUGUGUUCCAGUGGCUUGGUUUUAAGGUGACUGUACUCCUAGACCAGACAGCAGUGCAGGCCAGCAAAGGAUUGAAGAGGUUUGGUGAAGAGAAGCAUGGCGAAGCCUUUGUCUGCUGCGUACUGAGUCAUGGUGACAAAGGAGUUAUCUAUGGCACAGAUGACAAACCCAUCUCCACCAAUGACCUCUUCUCCACCCUUCAAAGGCACCAACUGCUCCACCCUCAUUGGCAAGCCCAAGGCGUUCUUCAUCCAGGCAUGUCGGGGGAAAGAUACCCAAGCUAGAGUGGAGUUGGAGGCGGACGCAAAUCCAAGUCACCAGAUCUACAUUCCAGCUGAUGCUGAUUUCCUGGUUGCCAUGGCCACUGUUGAAGACUACAAGUCCUUCAGAGACCCAAACCAGGGGUUCUGGUUCAUCCAGACUCUGUGCGAACAGCUCAAACAGGGCUGUCCCAGGUGAAGCCUGAUUGAAUAUAUGCUCUAGAGCAGCAAUUCUCAACUGGUGGCUCGCGGGCGUCUGAGUAAAAAUAAUGUUUAUUUAUUGAUUCUUUAUGAAAAAAUACUCCAGUCUGAACUUAAACCAGUUUAAAAAGUGUGUAGAAAUGAUAAUGAACUUACAUUUUUAAAUAAUUUAAAGUGGCAAUAUGUAACUUUAUGGGUGACCUGACCAAAUGCUCAUAGAAAUGUGAGUUAUAGAUAUAUCAUUCUACUUGAAAGCAUGUCUAAAGCGGUAGAUCUGUUCUAUGUGCGCUAUUUCUUUGCUUCCCGUUCUUAUUUUUGUUGUUGUUGCGUCUUUUACUAUCGGUUUUGUACACCAUCUUCAAAGAGCUGAAACAACAAUAUUUUUGGUUAAUAUAAUAUAUUUCACAGUGGUGCAAUGAUUCUCUACACAAGACUAUCUUAUUUUGUCACAUAAACUGAAAUUAGGUGAACUAUUAGAGUUUUAGCAACCAGGAAAUAGUGGAGCGAUUUCUGCAUAGUGUAACUUCAAUCACAGUAUUUUCAAUAUAGCUAUUAGCAGCGCUAUUUUGGUUGAUUUUGUGGUCUCAAACCAGUGAGUUUAUUAACAUUCUUCAUCAAGAAUUUGGGCAAAAUGUUAUUAUUGACAAUGAAAGGUGGGAAUGUUUUUCCCUUGCCAUAUAAGUGCUACAUUUACUAUCAAUAUAGCAUAAAAAAUUGUUUUCCAGAUUGUACACUGCUCAAAAAAAUAAAGGGAACACUUAAACAACACAUCCUAGAUCUGAAUGAAUGAAAUAAUCUUAUUAAAUACUUUUUUUCUUUACAUAGUUGAAUGUGCUGACAACAAAAUCACACAAAAAUUAUCAAUGGAAAUCAAAUGUAUCAACCCAUGGAGGUCUGGAUUUGGAGUCACCCUCAAAAUUAAAGUGGAAAACCACACUACAGGCUGAUCCAACUUUGAUGUAAUGUCCUUAAAACAAGUCAAAAUUAGGCUCAGUAGUGUGUGUGGCCUCCACGUGCCUGUAUGACCUCCCUACAACGCCUGGGCAUGCUCCUGAUGAGGUGGCGGAUGGUCUCCUGAGGGAUCUCCUCCCAGACCUGGACUAAAGCAUCCACCAACUCCUGGACAGUCUGUGGUGCAACGUGGCGUUGGUGGAUGGAGCGAGACAUGAUGUCCCAGAUGUGCUCAAUUGGAAUCAGUUCUGGGGAACGGGCGGGCCAUAGCAUCAAUGCCUUCCUCUUGCAGGAACUGCUGACACACUCCAGCCACAUGAGGUCUAGCAUUGUCUUGCAUUAGGAGGAACCCAGGGCCAACCGCACCAGCAUAUGGUCUCACAAGGGGACUGAGGAUCUCAUCUCGGUACCUAAUGGCAGUCAGGCUACCUCUGGCGAGCACAUGGAGGGCUGUGCGGCCCCCCAAAGAAAUGCCACCCCACACCAUGACUGACCCACCGUCAAACCGGUCAUGCUGGAGGAUGUUGCAAGCAGCAGAACGUUCUCCACGGCGUCUCCAGACUCUGUCACAUCUGUCACAUGUGCUCAGUGUGAACCUGCUUUCAUCUGUGAAGAGCACAGGGCGCCAGCGGCGAAUUUGCCAAUCUUGGUGUUCUCUGGCAAAUGCCAAACGUCCUGCACGGUGUUGGGCUGUAAGCACAACCCCCACCUGUGGACGUCGGGCCCUCAUACCACCCUCAUGGAGUCUGUUUCUGACCGUUUGAGCAGACACAUGCACAUUUGUGGCCUGCUGGAAGUCAUUUUGCAGGGCUCUGGCAGUGCUCCUCCUGCUCCUCCUUGCACAAAGGCAGAGGUAGCAGUCAUGCUGCUGGGUUGUUGCCCUCCUACGGCCUCCUCCACGUCUCCUGAUGUACUGGCCUGUCUCCUGGUAGCGCCUCCAUACUCUGGACACUACGCUGACAGACACAGCAAACCUUCUUGCCACAGCUCGCAUUGAUGUGCCAUCCUGGAUAAGCUGCACUACCUGAGCCACUUGUGUGGGUUGUAGACUCCGUCUCAUGCUACCACUAGAGUGAAAGCACCGCCAGCAUUCAAAAGUGACCAAAACAUCAGCCAGGAAGCAUAGGAACUGAGAAGUGGUCUGUGGUCACCACCUGCAGAACCACUUCUUUAUUGGGGGUGUCUUGCUAAUUGCCUAUAAUUUCCACCUGUUGUCUAUUCCAUUUGCACAACAGCAUGUUAAAUGUAUUGUCAAUCAGUGUUGCUUCCUAAGUGGACAGUUUGAUUUCACAGAAGUGUGAUUGACUUGGAGUUACAUUGUGUUGUUUAAGUGUUCCCUUUAUUUUUUUGAGCAGUGUAUUUAAGCGAUUGUUUUUCGCGAUGAAAAUAUUGGGUCGUGACUGAAACAACCUGGUUCAAUUUCUGUCCCGAGCAAAACCAUUUGAGAACUACUGUUCUAGUGGCUAAAAUAUUCUUACAUAACAAAGCAGAUGUUUAGUAGGAAAAGAGCUGACAAUACAAAACUGACCAUAUACUACAGAAUAACAGUGUUGUUCAGAACUCCAGUCUACACACUAUCAGGUGUAAACCAGGGACUUGUCUAGUUAAGUAAAGGUUAGAAUAAUAUUACUAUAAAAUCUAUUAGCUCACAGUGAACAAGUCCCCUGACUCUAAUCUGAAAUUUAUGCAUUGCUGGCGAUGUGUAUUUUAUGGGAGCAGUGAGUUGUGAGUUGUUGUCUUUUCUGGGUGUUAAUGUCUGCAUUGUCUGGUAUGUGUGUAUCUCCUGCUCUCUCUAGAGGUGAUGACAUCCUGACCAUCCUAACGCAUGUCAAUAGAGACGUGAGGCAAAAGGAUGGGCAAUACUGGGAUAAGAAUGCCAAGGAUUACAAGCAGGCCGAGCAGUUUCCCGAGCCCAAUUACACCCUGACGAAGAGGCUGGUGUUC